AUGGGCAGACCAAUCAUUCUCAAAAAAUGGGAGAAAGGCAUGGAGUUUAACAAGGAAACCAGUAGUACCAUACCUUUAUGGGUUAAGUUUUUCAACAUUCCAUAUAAGUACUGGACUGCUAAGGGCCUAAAUUAUAUCACCAGUGCUGUGGGGAAGCCUUUAUUUGCAGAUGAACAGACUGAAUCUAUGGCAAGAAUAAGCUAUGCAAGGGUUUGUAUAGAAGUUAAUGCUGCUAAACCUAUUGUGGAAGACUUUCAAAUCAGAAUUGAGGAUGGUAAACUUAUCACCAUUGAUACAAAGUACCAGUGGAUACCUCAUCUUUGUGAUGUUUGUAAGUGUUUCAGGCACUCUACUUCAAACUGUAAGUCCAAUGUUGCUGCUAGGGACCCUAACCCCCUACCUACUAGUGUUACCCUUCCUGUGAGUGCUCCUGGUGGUGCUACCUCUGAAUGGAAAAUGGUUCAGAAGAACAAGAAGGUUGCCCCAUCUACCAAUGUUGAGCUCCAUGACCCUGGCACCAGCAAAGAAACUUGCUCAGAGAUUAUGCAACCCUUCAAUGAUUGUGUUAAUCCUCCACCUUCCUUGUUGGCUGCUAACCAAUUCUCCUCAUUGAAUUCUGAUAUUGAACCUCCCCCAACAGGUUGCACUCUCCCAAUGGUGCCUGAAAGUGAACCUUGUUGCUAUAAUCAAGACCAAAAGACUUCUUUUCAUGGUGAUAAUGUUACUUCCAGCACUAAAGAGGCUAAAUCAUCUCACACUUCUGGUGAUACUGCAAUGACCUCUGUGAAUCAGGAUAACAAGGUUGUUACAGAUGACGAAAAAUGCAAGGAGGUUGAGAUGGAGAAAAAGAAGAAGAAGAAGAAGAAGAAGGACUACAGGAGAGGAUUGUGGAAAGAUAUCUGUCGACUUGCUGCAGCUGCCCCACAGACUCCAUGGCUUCUUUUGGGAGAUUUUAAUGUCAUCAGGCACCCUUCAGAGUGUUUUGGUGGAUCUCAGAGAUGGACUCUAGCUAUUGAUGAAUUUAAUAAGUGUAUUCACACCUGUGAACUUUGUGAUCUGAGGUAUUGUGGAACCUUUUUUACAUGGACUAACAAAAGCCCAGGUGUAGCCAAUAUAUCAAAAAAGCUUAAUAGAGUUUUGGCAAAUGACAAAUGGCUUACUACUUUCCUUAUUUCUGAGUGUGAAUUUUUACCCCAUGGAGUCUCAGACCACUCUCCAAUGGUUGUUAAAGUUGGUAAUCCUAAUCCAAGAAGAAAUAGUCUCUUCAGGUUUUUUAAUUUCCUUGGGAACCAUAGGGAUUUCUUGUCCACUGUCACCAAUGCGUGGGAUGUUAGGGUGGAUGGGAACUCUAUGUUUCAAGUGACCAGGAAACUCAAGUCUUUGAAGCAGCAUCUUAAGCUUUUAAAUACUAAAGAGUUUAGUGAGAUCUCCUUAAGAGUUAUUGCAGCUAAGGAUGAUCUGAACCUUUGUCAGAAAUCUCUUGACUCUAGACCCUCUGAUGAACAGCUGAGGACUAAAGAGAGAGCUUCUUCAGGUUUACAAUGA